AUGGAACACCCAAGUGCCGCAGCCUCGACGCUGACCAGGCACCGGAUCGGCGUCGCCCUAUUCUCCUGUGCUGCCGCCGCCUCCCUGGGCUAUUUCUGCUACCGCAUCUACAACCCGUCUCUCCCCGAACCUGACUCGUCCCGUCGUGUCCGCCGAAGCAAUGCCGUCCGUCACCGUAGACGUUCUGCCCCCAACCUCCACCGCGACCGCGACCCCGACCGCCGCCGCUCCGAUGUUUCUCAAGACUCCGCUACCGCUCGUGCCGCAGAAGGCAACCCUGAUGACCCCAACACGAACGCCGAACCCGCCGAUGCCCAGACUGUUGCCGACGACCAGGCCCUACAGAUUGCUGAUGACGACUGGUGGAACGACAACGGCCCCGGAGACGGGUACGCCAAUCACCGCGCCGGCCAGAAUAUCGUCAACCUCCUGUUUCGCGUUUCCGAGGACAAUGCCAGGCGCAGCUCCUACGUUCACCGUGGCUGCCAGUGCAACGCUUGCGGAAUAGUGCCCAUCCGUGGCAUUCGAUACCGCUGCGCCAACUGUGCCGACUUCGACCUCUGCGAGACUUGCGAAUCCCAAGACCUCCACAUCAAGACACACGUGUUCUACAAGAUCAAGGUUCCCGCCCCGAGAUUGGGUCCCCGACAGCUCCAGCCUGUAUGGUACCCCGGAAAUCCCGACAACUGCGUGCGAGUGCUUAAUAGGGCGGCCAUCGCGAAGCUGUCUCGGUCGACUGGCUUGGAGCGUCCCGAACUAGAAGCCUUGUGGGAGCAAUGGACAUUCUUGGCAAACACCGAGUGGAAGGAGGACCCAGACGGCCUCAACCUGGCCAUGGAUCGCAAGACCUUUGAGCGCACCCUGGUGCCUUCUGGUUCGAACCGUCAUAAUGCCCCAAAUCUCCUAUACGACCGCAUGUUCGCCUUCUACGACACCAACAACGAUGAUCUGAUCGGCUUCUCCGAGUUCCUGCAUGCCACCACUUACCGCAAAAGCAAGCACAGGCUUCGCCGCAUCUUCAAUGGCUACGAUAUUGACGGAGAUGGUUAUGUGGACCGCCGUGACUUUCUACGUUUGUUCCGCGCCUAUUACGUGCUGUUUAAGGAGAUGCACAAGGACAUGCUGGAAGGCCUCGACGAUCAGGUCAUGAGCUCUAACGAAGUCAAGCAGCUGAUUUCUAGUAGACAUCCUGUGAGCAGCUUCUUUGGACGUGAAGGUGCUAUCCCUAGAUCGGAUAGUGAUCGGCCCAUGUAUGGAAAGGUUUUUACCAGUAACGGUAAUGUGCGAAUCAUGGACGGACGCACCAGCGUUGUCAAUGAGGACAAACCCGACACAGCUGAUCGUGACGCCGUGCUCGAGAGCAUCUUUCAGCAGGAAAAUCGUGAUAGCGAAUCCCUUUUUGCGGCUAUCCUGGAGGAAUACAACAACCAGGAGGCUAAUGGAAUGCCCAGAGAGUCCCUGCGCUACUUUGCUGCCUUGCUGAACCCACCUGCCCGCAUUGAGGACCUACCAUCGUUGCUUACUGGUCGACGACGGGAAGGCGACGAUCUCCUCUUUGUUACCGACCCCGACGAAGAUCAUGACGGGACGAGCGAGGAAGAGGAUGGACACCGCGACCGUGCCAGAGCCCAACAGGACGACUCAGACCCGAACAUCAUUCGUGGUGAGGGAUUUGUCAUGAGGAUGACCGACGACGCCGAUGCCCGCUACCGCCGAUACGUCCGCGCUGAGAGGAACGUGCGCAAAAGGCUCAUUGAACGCUACCGGAGACGACAAUUCUACCUGGAUGAGGAAGAGGGCGCAUUGCCUCCGGGCUAUUGGGACCCAGAACAAGACAUUUUGGCCAACCUGAAUGGAGUGGGUGAGAGUUCCAAACCGGUUUCCCCGCGCUCGCCAUCAUCCCCAAAAGUUCGGUUUGCCGAGGACGGGGACGACUAUGACACUCGAUCCAACCCUUCCACAUCCUCGCGAAGCAUCCCUGAGCGUUGGGGAGGUAUGGAGAUCCCCGGCGCCGAAAGAGACGCUGGCAAGGAGGUCUUCUACCAGGUUAUCCAGCAAUCCUUCAACGAGCUUCUCGAUAGGCUCUUCAAGUUCAAGGAGGACAUAGCGAUUCGGUGUGCCGAAACCAAGGCUGUCCGCGACAAGUACCGCCCAUUGCUCGAGUCUAUCGAGAAAGGCGUGGUGCAACAUGCCGACGGCGGCAUGAUCCAGAAGGCUGCCGAGGAGAUGCUGUUUUUCCGUCCGUCAGAAGAUAUCAAUGACCGGGACGGCGACAAGCCCAUCUCCGAGCAGAGUUUGCAGGAGCUUUUGGCGGCUAGUGGCUAUAGUGUCGACGAGACCUCUCAAGCUGAAGCUGAGCCCACAGAAGAACCACAACACGAUGCUGACAAUCAAGAGCCCUCCAACGGCGCUGAAACUGUCGAGGCGGCGGAAGAGAUGCAUCACAACGAACCGAGUGCUUCCACUUACUGCGAUCCGACACUGCCUCAGUUUCGACCCAACUCCAUGUCUGAAACUGUGCCUCGUACCUCGGUCACUGGAGAAACUCAAGACCACCCUUCACCCAAGGGAAGGGCCAACGAGGCUGAUGCCGCCGCUAUCCCAUCUGCAUCCUCCAGCACAACUACGGCAGAAGGCAACCACGACGCAAGCCAAGAACCGCAAGAUCCAUCAAACAUUCCAAUCAAUACUCUUGUUCAGUGGCGUUUCCUCGACCUAGCCGAAAAGGAGGCCAAGGAGCGUGGCGGCUGGGGCAGACUCAACUACGAAGAAUUUGAAAUUGUCUGGAAGCUGGAAGAGGAACAUGGCAACCGUCUCGACUACCUCGGCACAUGGAUUGACUUCUGCAUUCCAUAUCACUAG